AUGUCAACUUCGCCUGCAAAGAAUAUCACUACAUCCUGCAUCGUCUGCAAUGCUUCAACCACUAAACGUUGUGCUCGUUGCAAUAAAGUUUACUACUGCAACGCCGAACAUCAAAAGUUAGACUGGAAAAGCCAUAAAAUGGUAUGUACACCCAAGAAGACAAGCGAGAAAGACAAUAAUGCCAUGAUUAUCCAUGGUCAAAGACAAACGGAGGAAGAGUCAUUUGCAGAUUUAGAUAUACUGGCAAACUUGAUGAAGCUAGUGGACCCAGAGGGACCUUUUUCUAAUGCAUCGUCAACAACCUCCUAUGCAACUGAAUACAAAAACUACUAUCCCACUGAUUCCUCAGGUUAUAAUACCCUUUCUAUCUCACAGAAACUUGGAGUAAGACUUGCAGUUCACGAAAAAUUUCUGGAUAAAGGCGACGGAUCAAUUUCAAUGUCAGAUCCCGUUAAUAUUCAGAAGCGAUGGGGACUAGCUUCAUUUGAACUUACCAGGUUUUUAUCUUCUCAUAACCUCAGGAAAGGAUCCGUCUACCGUGACAGAGUCAAAAAGAAAUGUAAAGGCAUUGAUAGAGUCGUACAAAAUUUUGCAAAUGAAGCUAAACUUAAUAUCAUCUAUGCACAAGGAAGGAACAAUUUCGCAAUUGGGUUUGUUGACUUGAGUAUACUACUCGGAGCCACUAUCACAAGCAUAAGUGUUGGUUCUAACAAGCAUAAGCCUCAGCCUAAGACUAAUGUUCGUGAAAAUAAUGUGGAAGAAGGACAAAUCACUAGACUUAUCGGGUUUGAUGCAAGUGAAUAUGCGGUGGCUAAGACAAAGGUCGUAGUUGCUAUGAUUGCAAAUAAUGCUCCUACGCUUAGUAUUGUUCAGGUGUGGUAUUCGACUGUAUGGACAAAAACGACGUAUGACCAUUUCCUGCAAGCAGUGGAUGCAGUGAUGCAGCUACGAGAAGCCAAUCGGAGGACAGAUCCAGCUGAAAAGAUUCCAAAUCCAGAGCCACAAGAUAGGGUUUUCAAGAUUGUUCGAUAUUGGUCUUCGGUUAGAAAACGUGACUCGCGGUUGAGAGUCACGACUGCUCAUGAGAAUUGGAUGAAACAUUGUCCUCCUACCUCUAGUCCAUAUAUGGCUGUUGAAAAUCUGAGUGAGGAGAGAGAUCGUGUUGAACUUGCAAGACAUAUUAUGACAGGGGAGUUUCCUUUGCUUUCUGGAUUUGACAACAAUGCGGCAAAGAAAGGAUUAUCUAAAACAGCUGACAACAAGAAAAAGAAGAUGACUGAUCAUAUGAAACGGUUUGCUUUCAAUGAUAAUGAGCUUUUGGGAAGUGUCACUAUGUUUGCUUGUCUGGAUGGAUAUGAACCGCAUAAAGAUACCGAGAUGGCGCUUAGAGGCAUUCCGAUGGUACAUGUUCUUGCAAAGUACGACUGCAAUACGACAUCGCUGCUCGAUGCAGUUUAUUCAUAUUUGGAAGGACAAAUUAAUAGAGUAAAACAAUGGCUAGGUUGUGAGAGCGAUGUUAACGGAAACAAUGAUGGUGGUGAUAAUUCUACUUCGGCCGUUAAAACUCCAAAGAUUAUUCUCAAAAUCUUUUUAUACAAAGCUGAUUUGAUAGAAGCGGACUGCGAUUGGCUCUCAAGUUAUGUAAAAAAAGAACUCAAGCCCUGCACAGUUUUGUGGAGCAAUCACGUCUGUGACUAUCGUUCCAAAGACGACUUCCACCGCAUUGCAAGAUCACUCUCUGGUCCUCAAACAAGGCAUUUUAUGUAUACUAUGAACUGGAUGCGAGAUAUCAUGGGUGCGAUGAUUCUUGAUGUUAAAGAUGGUAAUGAACGAGUCAAGAUCUUGGAGAAUGCCAAAGAGUUGAUUAAAUCAAUAGGACCGAUAAUUGAUAAAAGUGGAUAUUUCAUCUAUCAAAACCGGAUGGAUCACCCGUAUAAUGUAGGAGGCUACCUUUUGGCACAUGAAACAAAAGAUUAUUGGGUAACCUAUUUCUUCGAGAAUGAAAAAACUAACAAUGUGUUAGAUUUUAUUAGUCCUUUUAUCUGCACUGCGCAAUCUUCACUUACUCUGCAUUUAAUUUGGAGUUAUAACAAGAACUUCCAGCCAACGACGACUGGGCUUUAUUUACCAAAUUUUUACAAAAAAAGUGACUUGUAA